AAAACAAAUUCCCUUCGUUCACUUUUUUCUGUCACUUUCUCGAGAAAUAUAUUUUCUUUUCCAACUAACAUUCCUCUCCUUUUUUUUUUCCGUCACUUUCUUGAGGAAAAAAAUGUCUCAGCGGACCGGAAAGUGCCGGAAAAUCCGUCACAUUGUCCGAAUCCGACAAAUGCUGAAGCAAUGGCGAAAGAAGGCCCGCAUUACGGCCAAUGACAACAUCGGACACGCACCGUCCGAUGUCCCGGCGGGAAAUGUGGCUGUCUGUGUGGGGACCGGUCUCAAGAGAUACAUCGUACGAGCGACGUACCUGAACCAUCCAAUCUUCAAAUCACUCCUCGUACAAACCGAAGAAGAGUACGGUUUCAAUAACGUUGGACCGUUGACCAUCCCAUGCGACGAGUCACUCUUCGAGGAGAUUCUCCGUGUCGUGUCUCGUUCUGACUCGUCGUCGAACUCGGGCCGUUUGUUUACGUUCGAGGAUCUUCAGAGACGAUGCCACGUUGGCUUGAAGAAUAAACAACAGAUUUUGAGUGAAUCUCGACCGUUGUUUCAUCGGGUCGGCGAUAGAUCAGUCUACUGAGUUGGCUCAUCCGAGUCAUCCGAGUUGGAAGAAUUAACAGUCGUAAUUUUAAAUUGUGAAUUUCAUCAUUUUUAUUUUAUGAAAUCUAAGAAACUAGUAUUUUCUAAUUUAGUUCAUCUUAAUUUGGUCCUUUUAUUUUAAAAAAUUGAAAAGCUAAUCGAAUUAUUUGUAAAUAUAUGAAACUGAAUUGUUGAUACAUAUAAAUUAUUAACUUGUUGAUUUUCA